CUGAAGGAGACCUCUGAGUUCGUGAGGUCCUCUUUCCCCAUGGCCGCCAUGGCCAGGAGCAACAGCAGCAAUGGCCACGGCUACUACCACCACAACGAGGCUUCCACCACCUCCUCCUCGUCUUCCUCCACGGCCUCGGCCCAGAGACGGAGAUCAGUGGAGCAGCAGGUCCCGGGAACACCGGGGCGGCCAUUGCUGUUCCUCGCCACCUCCUCCUCGAGCCCUGCCCACCACCAGCUCGUCUCCGCGAGGAGGUCGGUGCCCUCCAAGUGGGAGGACGCGGAGAAGUGGCUGAGGCAGCCGUCCGACCAACGCGGCCAUCACCAUGCCAAGACGGCCUCCAAGCAGCACCAUAAUGGUGGCGGCCUGGUUCAGAGAAGCGCCGGCGUAGAGGAGGAGAAGGCGCCGGCGACGGCGAGGAGAAUCUCGCUGGACGCCAAUGCGCUUGCGUUGUAUACACCACCUGCAGAAGUGCUCCUCAAAGACAAGUUCACGGACAAUGUGGAGCCGUCCAAGGAGAGCUUCGUGUUCCGGAGCUCCUACUGCGAGCCGGCGAAGAAUGCCGCGGCGGUGGUGGCCGGCGACGAUGACCUCCACCGGAGGGAUAUAGGCACGGAGAUGACGCCCCUAGGGAGCUCCACGACCUCACGGUGCCACACGCCGAUCAAGAGCACCUCACCGCUCAGGCACAACACGCCGACGGGUCGGUCGGGGCCCCUAGUGCCGUACAAUGGCGGCAGCGGCAUGGACAUCUCGGAGCUCACCGACUGCCAUUUCGCCAAGCUGGACCUCGGCGCGCAGUUCGACGCCAUGCUCAUCAACUGGAGCUCCAAGGAGGAAGAGGAAGAGGAGGUGUCCAAGAGCCUCAGGCACUUCGAGGCAAGUGCUGGUGGUGGAGGAACUUGCGAUAAGCGUGCUGCCGUCACCGAUUGUCGAUGGGAUGAUGAUGAGAGAACUAAGAGCUGCAUAAGGUAUCAGAGAGAAGAGGCAAAGAUUCAAGCUUGGAUUAACCUGGAGAGUGCCAAAGCUGAAGCACAAUCCAGAAAACUAGAGGUGAAGAUUCAGAAGAUGCGUUCGAACCUGGAGGAGAAGCUGAUGAAGCGGAUGACGAGCGUGCACAGGCGCGGCGAGGAGUGGCGCGCGGCGGCGCAGUCACAGCACCUGCAGCAGCUCAGGCGCGCCACCACGGAGCACCACGCCCGGAGGGUGAAGACGAUAAGCCACCAUCUCUCAGCUGGGACCGGGACCAACGCGGCGUCCUGCGGCUGCUUCCCCUGCAACAGCAACAACAUCGUCAGCAGCGGCAACCUUCUCAAUUAUUCAUGA